CCAACUGCGUGUGGCUUCGCAGCAGUAGGUUCAGGCUGUUGUUAAUAGCUGGGGCUACCCGGGAUUGUUCACAACAACAGAGGAAGCAGCACCAGCUCUGACCAAAUAAAGCCCCGUCGCGAUAUUUUAGAUCCUCUUUUGGAGCCGUGCUAACGGAAACCAACGUGCCAACGCGUUGCUGCGCGAAGGGGCUUCGUUCUUCAACUGCCAUUGUCUGCACGGAGCUAGCUUUGUCCUGCUUCGCAGUCACAGCUGUGGUGGGUCGCCGAUUUAUAUUUAGACGAAUCGUUGUGGAAUAUGGCUCAGCAUGGACAUCAUGUAGCCAGUUCCCAAAAAGCACUAAUGCUCGAGAUGAAAAGUCUCCAAGACGAGCCCGUCGAAGGAUUCAGAAUAACUUUGGUGGACGAGUCGGACAUGUACAACUGGGAAGUGGCGAUAUUCGGACCCCCCAAUACACACUACGAGGGGGGGUAUUUUAAGUCCCGGAUCAAGUUCCCGGUCGACUACCCGUACUCUCCACCUGCUUUUCGCUUCCUCACCAAAAUGUGGCACCCCAACAUCUAUGAGAACGGGGAUGUGUGCAUCUCUAUCCUGCACCCACCAGUGGACGACCCCCAGAGCGGAGAGCUGCCUUCAGAGAGGUGGAACCCCACCCAGAACGUCAGGACCAUCCUGCUCAGUGUGAUCUCUUUGCUCAACGAGCCCAACACCUUCUCCCCGGCCAACGUGGACGCGUCCGUCAUGUACCGCAAGUGGCGGGACAGCAAGGGCAAGGACAGAGAAUACAUCGAGAUCAUCAGGAAGCAGGUGGUGGCCACCAAAGCCGACGCGGAGCGGGACGGCGUCAAGGUUCCCAUCACGCUGGACGAGUACUGCGUCCGCACCCAAGUCCCGCCCACAGACGACGGCUCCAACCUCCUGUACGAUGACUACUACGACGAACUCGAGGACGACGACGAGGACGAGGAGGACGAGGACAACGAGGACUGCUGCUACGACAACGACGACUCGGGCACUGAGGACUCCUGACCUUGCUUUCCCACGAUGUCACCACGUCCCUGACCGGUCGCCCCCCCCCCCCACACCUACACACACACACACACACACGCGCCACGCUCUCUUGUCAUGGACUGAACUUUAAUUCUCCCACCUCCUUAACGAUCCUCCUCACUCAUCACAGCCCGUCCCCCUUCUGUGCGGUGCAAGAAUGCGCACUAAAAAGAAAAGAAAGCUUCAGUUGUUUUUGUUUCUUACAUGUUUCUUUUUUUUCUUCUAUUAGUUAUUUGAGUAGACGUUACAUACAUACACACACAGCAACACAUCAAUAAUAGUACUUUCUUAUCUGCUUCGGUUUUUCUGCACUGAUAACUGGUUUAUUUUCCUCUUUACUCUGCGAGACCCGUUCCUCCCUCCCAGCUUUGAGCGGCACGAAGCCUGUCGCAUGUCCAGGUGUCAGUAGAACAUGUGGCCGUGGAUUGGUCACGCCUUUUCUCGAGCUCCACGGCGCAGUGGAAUGUAACUCCGCUCAGAGGACAACAGGCAGGGAGCGUUUGCAAAGGAAUCCAAUU